AUGCCACUUUUCGAUACUGUCCGUCUUGCGUCCUACGCGACUGUGCUCGUGUUUUCUCUUAUUGUGCUGGGUAUAUCCGGGUACUGGGUUGGCCUAUUUCAAGGUGCUGGCACUGGCCUCGGAACACCCGCUUCAUUUUCACUAGCCGUUUCAGUCAUUACCUGGGCGUUCAUGUUUCCUGCUCUGCUAGUUAGUACAUUCCGCCGGGGUUCGUUCCUGUCCUGGGUCGCGAUCGAGUUGGGUAUCUGUGGCUUCCUCUGGGUUCUGUGGCUGGCAUCGGCCGCAUAUACGACCAGCCUCAGCGCAGGGAUGACCUUGAAUUGUGACCUCGUCUCUAACACUGGAGCAGAAAGCAUUUGUCGUCAGUACCAGGCGAUCCAGGCGUUUUCUUGGUUGAACUGGCUCAUAUUGUUUGCUUAUAUCGUAUUGGUCAUCGCCCUCGCCAUCAAGGGGAUGAAUAAAGGCCAGAGCGUCUGGACCAUGGAGAUCAGCGAUCUUAGCGCCGCUGUUUCUGGCAGUGGCUCCACUAGCGCGACCUCAAACCACGUGGGCAAGGUUGUUCAGGACCAACCGAGCCACUACCAACAACCACAGUAUAACCAACCCGCUCAACACCACCCCCAGGGGAUGGCACAAGUCUAA